AUGAGUGAUUCCUUGAAGGAUAGGCUCAAUAGUCAUUCGGAUGCAUUUAAGGGGCUUCUUUCUUUGAUCCCUGCUAAAUACUACUAUGACGACGAGUCCAAGUCUCAGUGGAAUCGCAAAAAGGCCACGAAGAGUGAUGCUCAUCGGGUCAAGCAAGCCAAGUUCGAUCCCAGCCAAGGCUCUAGUGCAUUAGACGAGGUCACUCGUCGUGAAACAGAUGCGGUUGUAUCCAAGUCUGGUGCUGAUAGUAUAGAGGUCGAUUCAUUCGAGCAGGAAGUUUUGGACGAGGAGAGCGAUUCUGAUAUAUCUGUUAUUUUCGACGACCAUGGAAACGAAAUUCGUCUUUCGGGAGAUGCACCCGACUCCUCUGAUGAUUUACCAGUCCAGCCCGCCAAAGUUCAAGAAAAGCCUGCCAAAAAGGCCUCCGCAAAUCCCAAGGUUACACAGGCCGAGUCCAAGCGUCAGCCAUCUAGCGAGGCUCAACCUGAGAAAAAAUCCAGUGCAAAGCCUGCUGCUAAGCGAGAUGCUCAAGGAAUAGAGGAGUUGCGAAAGAAGCUUGCAGACAAAAUUACAGAAAUGAAAAUCAGACGGAAAGCACCUGGCACUAACGCACCUGGCGCACCAAAAAAUCGUGAAGAGCUGUUAGCAGCUCGAAAACAACGACAGGAUAUCAAGAAAAGGAAAUGGGAUGAAACAGAUGCUGCCUCCGAUGGUGAAAAUAUCGACGAGAAUCAUUCAUUGGCUGAAGAUGUGGAUACCCCGGAAAGAGCCUCGAAUGAGGAGACGAUUAUAUUUGGUCAGAUUAAAUUAGGGGAUGGAAACAAGCUGGGUCUCAAUUUGUCUGCGGAUGAGCAGAAAGUAUUGAAGCGACGGAACGCUGCAGAUCAACUGCGUGUGCUUGAAAGUCGCAAGGCCAAAAUCAGCUCGCUCCCUGAGGCCAAACAAACAGAGAUUGCUAACAAGGCUCAAUGGAGCCGGGCUAUCCUCCAAUCCGAGGGUGCUAAAGUGAGAGACAACGAGAAAUUACUGAAGAAGACUGUCAAACAACAGCAAAGACGGAAGCUUAAAUCCGAACUUCAGUGGAAGGACCGUUUGGACACUGUUGCAAAAGGUAUUGCCUCUCGCGAGGCCAAACGCAACGCGAAUCUCGCUGCUCGCAAAGAAGCCAAGUUUUCUAAAGGUAAAAAGAAGAAACCCAAGCGUGCUGGCUUCGAGGGCAAAAAGCGUCGCAAGUAG